CACGUGAUAUAUCACGUGACGAGAAUCAGUUGGAUCCGUUGAUUGAAUGAACCAACAAGUUGAUGAGAAGGAGAUGAGGGGAAAAGUCGAGGAAGGGGUUACGGUUAUUCUUGGUGUUCAAUGGGGAGAUGAAGGUAAAGGAAAACUUGUGGAUAUAUUAUCAGGAGAAGCAGACUUAUGUGCACGUUGCCAAGGAGGGAAUAAUGCAGGACAUACAAUUGUUAUCGGGGAUCAGACAUAUAAUUUUCAUAUUCUUCCAUCGGGAAUAACGAGUCCGAAUUGUCUAAAUUUAAUUGGAUCGGGAGUGGUGAUACAUAUUCCAUCAUUUUUUUCGGAAUUGGAAGCUAUAGAAAAGAAAGGAAUUUGUACGAAAAAUCGUAUUUUUGUAUCGGAUCGAGCUCAUCUUGUUCUUGAUUAUCAUCAAGUAAUUGAUGAGUUAAAAGAGCUUGAACUUGGGGAAUAUAGUAUUGGUACGACAAAAAAAGGAAUUGGACCGGCGUAUAGUCAUAAAGCGGAACGGAAUGGGAUUAGAGUACAUCAUUUAUAUGAUUUUUCAGAAUUUGAGCGUCUUUUUCGUGAAAAUUAUGAAUCAUAUAAACGCCGAUAUGGACCGUUUGAAUUUGACGUAGAAAAAGAAUUAAAUAAAUACAGGGAAUAUGCGGAAAAGCUUCGAUCUUAUGUAGUAGAUGCAGUAUAUUUUAUACAAUCAAUGAUGACAAAACAAAAACGAAUUAUUGUUGAAGGAGCAAACGCAUUAAUGCUUGAUAUCGAUUAUGGGACAUAUCCAUAUGUUACAAGUUCUAAUACAUCGAUUGGUGGGGUAUGUACAGGAUUAGGUCUUCCUCCAAAAAGUAUUAAGAAUGUUAUCGGUGUUAUGAAGGCAUACACAACACGUGUAGGUUAUGGUCCAUUUCCGACAGAACUUUUCGAUAAUAUAGGUGAACAUCUUCAACAAGUAGGUUUAGAAUGGGGUGUUACAACAGGCAGAAAAAGAAGAUGCGGUUGGCUUGAUCUUGUACUUGUACGGUAUUCAAAUUGGGUCAAUGGCUAUUCAAGUCUUAUGAUCACAAAACUCGAUGUCUUAGAUACUCUAAAAGAAAUAAAAAUCGGCAUUGCAUAUAAAAUUAAUAAUAAAGAAAUCCCAUACAUUUCUGCUGAUUUAAAAACUCUCAAAAAUCUUGAUGUCGAAUACAAAACAUUGCCUGGUUGGUUAACAAAAACAUGCAACUGUACUUCAUUCCAUCAAUUGCCUAUACAAGCACAAGCAUACGUCAAAUUCAUUGAAGAUUUUCUUGGCAUUAGAAUUCUUUAUAUUGGCGUUGGUCCAUCUCGAAACAAUAUUAUUCUUCGUUAAUCACCAUAUUUAUCUUUCGGUUUAAAUAUAAAUUAUACAAAAAUAC